CCACUAUUUUUUAGGAUCAGUAUCAGUUAGUUAUUUCUGAAGUCCUAUCAAACAUAAUACAACAUAUUACAAUUAUACUACUUAAUCUAUUAUAAUGAGUAGUAAUGAAUUGUCUAUAAUGAAUCAGUUAAAUUCUAUAAAUUUAUAUCAAUCAAAUAAAGAAUAUCAAAUGUCAAUGAUUUCUACAUUAAAUGAUUUCAUUGAAACCAUAAGAAUGAUAUUUACUGAAGAUCAUAUUGAUAUCAAUGAAGUAUAUACAAUUUUAAAGAAUUUUCAGUGUGAUUUCUCAGAAUGGAGCAAAUAUAUAUUUUAUCAUAAAACAAAAUACACACGUAAUUUGAUAGAUGAAGGUAAUGGAAGGUACAAUCUAUUAUUAUUAUGCUGGAGUGAAGAUCAAGGGACAGGAGUACAUGAUCAUGCUGGAGCUGAUUGUUUUGUCAAAAUUAUAAAAGGUCAGAUAAAAGAAACUAUUUACGAAUGGCCAAAACAUUUCAGUCCAAAAAAUUCAUAUAACUCUACUAAUGAAACUGAUUCUCCAUUAGUUGUGAAAUCAGUAACUGUAAUGAAUCCUGGUGAAGUCACCUACAUGCAUGAUAAAAUUGGAAUACAUCGUUUACAGAAUCCUAGUAAAACAGAGACUGCUAUUACAUUACACUUAUACUGUCCACCUUAUACAGAAUCGAUGAAUUUUGAAGAGUCUACUUCGAAAACAAGUAAAGUGAAUGUGAUAUUUCAUAGUAAAUUUGGUAAACAGAUUGUGUAAUAAAUAAAUGAGGAACUGAAAAACUCAACUUACCGGGGUAUGGUCAUUUGAAACUGUGUUAAUACAAUUAGAAAUGACAUGCAUGAAUAGAAUAAUCUCAAUAUAUAAAAGUAUUGCAUAUGUAAUUUAUUAUAUUUUUUGUAAUAAUAAUUAGAAACUGUUAUAUUUAUACAAAGUUUAAUAAUUCUAUAUGAAUCCAUUUAUCAUUACUAAAGGGAAGGGGAAAAUCAUUGAGAACAACUAAAUGUAUUUGAAUAUAAAAUUGCAGAA